AUGGACACAUCAUUCAACACGAAUUUCAUCUUCUACCUUCUUGUACUUAUCGCCUGUGCUGCAAACUUUGGCUUCUGCCAGAACAUCCAGGGUGCGGCCUCUAAUAUUAUUGGACACGCAGCAGGAGCUCAUGGAGGCGCCACUGGAGCUGCUCGAGGUGCUGUGAAAAGUGUUGGAAAUCGUUGGGAUCCAGAUGAUUAG